AUGUCGUCCAAACCGAGAAUAUUGCGCUCAAACAUACCGAUGCUCGAUGUACAGGAGCCCACUGUCGGUGAAUACAUAGAUGCGGUAACCGAUGAGCACUUGACUAUCGGUGCCCUAAAACGGCUGUCCCAUAGCAUAGCUGUGGCCCUAAUUAACAGAGGGAUCACCACAACUGAUCGACUCGUAUACUCGGGUGAAAACUCUAUAGAACACACUGUCCUACGAUUUGUAGCCAUGUUUCUGGGUCUACCCAUAUGUCCGUUAAGUCCCACAUUCGAGGCCUACGAAGUGGAACAGGAGGUCACUUCCAUGUCGGCCACUGUAGCCAUAACCUCAACCCAAGACUUAGCGAAAUUCAAACGUGUCUUACAGUCGGCCAACAAUACGAUAAAACUUGUGGUUAUAUUCAACACAACACGUGAUACACACGUGAAUGAACAGCACGUAACGUAUGAACAACUCGUGGAUGAGGGCAGGGAUCAGACGCUGAAGACUAUCCCGUACUUUAUGGUUGACCCUAAUGUGGACCCAUACCUUCUGAUACACACAUCCGGCAGCACCGGUAGACCAAAUGAGCGUGGUCACUUUCUUGAUCCCGGUGCUGGUGUCAGUGACCACGUGGUAGCCAUGCCCUACCCUAUGGGACAUAUUAGCGGGUCGUCCAUUUUGCCUCUACAGCUAUGUCUGGGCGUAAAACUAAUCAUUUAUAGUGACUUCACGGUUGACCUACUGUUC